ACUUGUGAAUGGGGCCCGCAGUGGGGAGCAUGUGAUUGAGAUGCCGACGGAAGAAAAGAAGAAAGAGACAGGAAAGGCAAUUCUUGUUAAAGCCAGAUCCAAACUGGACAGUGCUCUACAGCGUAUAAAGCCUGACCCUGUGGUAGAGGAGGAGAUAGAUUGGUGGUCCAAGUACUACGCCUCCACGGGACAGACCCACAAGUGUAAGAAGUACGUGGAGAAAGGCCACGAUAAAAUCGAGGUUUAUCAAACUGCGCUGGAGGACGUAGAUUUUACCAAAGGAUUUACUGAUCUCUGCUCCACUUUCGAGUUACAAAGAGGGAAGGACGAUGAUGAAGAUGAAUCAAGUAUUGUGGGAGAGUUCAAGGGAGGAUUCAGAGUGUACCCCUUGCCCUCUGACCCUAAUGAGGAGAUGCCCUCCAAGGUCUUUGUAAAUUUACCAAGCGCAGACCCAGAAGAGUGUAUCAUCAGAGUCUAUGUUAUCUGUGGCAUUGACCUACAGCCCAGUGAUACUAGUGGACUGGCUGACCCAUAUGUAGAGAUCUGA